GUGGGAUUCAAUUAGAGAGCUUUAUCAGCAAUGGUUGCUAUGGCUGCCUCUACAUAUUUCUUUUUGAAUUCUUCCUCAUACCAUGACAUGACUCGCAAUAAUCUUAGACGCACACCAGGACCCAAAGAUGCACAUGGGAUCAUCAAGAAAAAUGAUGGUUCGUCAAGGAGUUUGCUUGCUAAAGAUCUUACAAAGGUAAACGCUACUGAAGUUCGCGCUAAUAGAGCUAGUUUCUUGAAGCCAAUAAUGAUGCUUGGCCAAAACAAAAAUUAUCUGGACAUGAUUCCGGAUCUCGGUUUUGGAAGCAUGCUUAGUGAUGGUUUUGUUUUCCGACAAAACUUUCAAAUCAGAUCAUAUGAAGUUGGGUCAGACCAAGCAGUUACUACAGAAACCCUUAUGAAUCUAUUGCAGGAAACAUCCAUAAAUCAUUUGAAGGCAAUUGGAGUAUGGGGUGAUGGCUUAGGUUUAACACGAGAGAUGUGCAAGAAGAACCUAAUCUGGGUGAUGUCAAAGCUGCAAGUGGCAGUGGAUCGUUAUCCAAUAUGGGAUGAUGUUAUUCAAAUUGAUACAUGGAAAGGUGCCUAUGGGAAAAUUGGAAUGUGCUCCAAUUGGAAGUUUUGUGAUGCGAAAACAGGCGAGAUAUUACUAACAGCCUCAUGUAUUUGGUUAAUGAUGAAUGAAGAGACAAGAAGGUUAUCCAAAUUCCCAGAUGAAGUUCGAAGUGAAUUAGACGAACACUUUACCAAUGCUACACUGCCCGUGAUCGCUAGAAAAUGGUCACCACACGAUGAGAUGAGUAUUGUAGACCAUGUUCGCAAUGGUAUAAUGCCAAGAUGGAGCGACUUAGAUAUCAACCAUCAUGUUAACAAUGUGAAAUAUAUUGGGUGGAUCCUUGAGAGUGUUCCACAUUCUAUUGUCGAGAACUAUGAGAUUGCUAGCCUAACUUUAGAGUACCGCCAAGAGUGCAAAAUGGAAAGCGUGGUGCAAUCCCACACUUAUGUAAUGGUAAGCAACAAUGGCAAGAAAGGGGAUAAUGAUCAUGUUGAUUGCAAGCAUGCGCUUCAACUUGAGACUGGAGGUGGUGAGAUCAUGAAAGGCUGGACUAUAUGGCGGCCAAAACAAUAUGAAAAUAGACUAGGACUAGAAUGAGGGUAGAUCUUAGUUCUUUAAUUGGAAGUAAAAGACCUAAAAGUCACAAAACAACAAAUGUUACCAUUGGUUUACUCUUAUCAUCUUCUAUCGAAACUCAUGAUAAUAUUGACUUUUUAGUUCCCUAUUUUAGAGUUGAUAU